AUGGCCGCCCGUGGCGAUGCCGCCGUGGCUGCCAACGUGCCCGCCCAGGGCAUGAAGUCGCUCGGCGUCCACAUGGGCGUCGAGGGCAUGACGAGCGACGUGCUCGUCGGUGCGUGGGAUAUGGCGAAGGGCAUGAAAAAGGCGACGCCUCUUGGCAAACCGCAGAUAGACGGCACCCUCGACCGCAAGGGGUCGGUGGACGUGUACGACCUGCCCGUCAAGCCUUGGAACGCUCGCGGCAGCGGUUCCAUGAAGUCCGUCGUCGACAUCGUCACUGAUGCCGACGCCGCCGAGAUGGCCGCCACGGACUGGGAAAAAGUGAAGGACCUUAUGGCGGAAGGCAAAUAUAAGGAAUUGCCUCCGCCGUUGUGCUUCAGCGACCCCGAGGCAGAGCCACCAUGUACGAUGAAUCUCGCUGUCACGCUGAGGGUCGCAGACGGGCUCCCGAUCAUCGUGAAGUGGAUUCAGUUCAUUGGCGGCGAGAAGAGCCACUUCGUGAGGGACAGCAUCGUCCGCGGCAACAUGCACGUCUUGGACUGGCGCAAGGACACGUUCAACUCUGCUCGCACGAUGCAGAUCCUAGUUGGCGGCGGCGGCGUGGGCGUCGAAGAGAAGAAGAAGGAGCUCUCGGAGGGCAUCCAGCACAUUAAGGACGAAGCUCCACGCACAAACGCCGACUGCGAGCAGUUGGAGUGGGUGGAGUGUGAGCUGGUUGACCAUUCGUCGCCAAUUCACAAGUUGAGGCGGGAGCUCAUCAACGCGGUCCUCAAGGUACUGCGGGACUGCGACCACUUCGCCAAUAAGCUGGACUACUACCCAGUCCUUCUCCCAGAUGUUCGCGAUGAGUACCAGGACGCAACGCGUCGCACCAUGGGGACGCUGGACACCAACACCGUCCUGUGCGUGGGCGAGGCCAAUUUCGGCAAGACACCGUACAUGAUGUCGAUGGCCAUGGCGAGCGCCAGGCACAACGCCGACGCGGAGAACAGGGCGACUGGCCGCGCCGACGCGGUGGCCGCUGUGCGGACAACGCCCGACAUGGAUUUUUUCCGCGGUGAAGUCGGGCAGCGCUGGGUCCCGUGCAUCUUCGACGACGGGGACUUAUUCGAGCAGAGGCCGAAGGUGCUGAACGCUUUCUUCGACCCCACUCAGGCGGAGGCCAUGGCGUACGUCGCGGCCAGGCCGACAUUCCCGAAUAAUUUCCCGCAGAGCAACGUCGGUGCCAUGCUGAAGAGGUGCACCGUGUUCUUGAACACUCGCGACGACGUGUUCUUCAGGCUCGCUGGCGCCAAGAGCCGCGUGGAGAAGCUCCCGUUGCUGGAUGGGUACCUCAAGCCCGAGGCGGGCAAGAUGCUGCGCUCCUACCUGGCCCGCGGGGUCAAGCGCGACGAGGAGGAGUUCGACAGGGUCAUGGCAUGCGAGAAGAAGAUGGUCAUGGAGAUCAUGGCCAAGCGCGGCGCCGAGUACGGCGUCCCCGCGGAGGCCGCAGGCCCAGCGGCCGAGCCAGCCGCGGGCGCCGCCGCGCCGCCGCCGUCGAGCUCGGCAGGGCGGAUGGUUCUGAGCGGCCAGGAGAGCCAUGCGAUGGGGGCAGAGGACCCGUUCGGCCUGGGCGGCUCCAUGAACGGCGAGCAAGCGGACGCGCCCGCGGCCGCCCCCGCUGCGCCCGCGGUGCCGACGGAUCCGAUUAAGCGGGAGCUUUCAACGGGUUUCUUCCGCGACUUGCGCAAGGGCGGCCCCGUCGAGAUCGACCUCUGCAGUCCCUCCCCGUUGAAGAAGGUGAAGCUCGAUCAGGGCUCCUGCGACGUGGCGGAGCAGGGCCUAUUCGGAAAGAAGCCGCCGAAGCCGCGCAGUCUAUCCUUGGCCCUGGGGCGCAUCGCGGCUCGUGAGCUGGACGGCGCGGCGGGGCCCUCGCCAGACUCUGACGUCGUGGCGGAGCAGGGCGCCGUGCGACUCUCCCAGGAUCUGGAGGAACUCAUGGAUCGGGAGCUGAACUGCGCGGCGUCCCCCGAUCCGUUCGAUGGCGGCUUCAGGUGCGACCGCUUCGGGGGCGACCGCGGCGACUACGAGGACGAGAGCGAGGGCGGGGAAGAGCAGCCGUGCGGGGCCCCCGCGCAGGAGAUCGAGCGGCUCUGGGGGCUUCACCAGGCAGGCGUCAUCGCGCUCAGGGAGUUCAACGCCUUGAAGAAGGGUGCGAUCCAUGAGGGGUUCGCCGCCCUGAAGAAUUGCAGGCCCGCCAAGAGGGAGGAGUGCAUUGUCAAGCGGGAGCAGUCGCCUCGCGCGCCGAUCGAGCGGGGCCCGACCGAGAGGGCUGCCAAGCGGGAGGUGUUCGAGGCGACGCACGUGGACAAGGAGACGAUUCAGGGGCUUUUCCCAGGCGUCGCGGCGAUCGACUCGGACGAGGACUGA